UGUAAGGAGGCCGGCACUCUUCUCCCAUCUCAGUAUAGAUCCAGUUCUUGAGCCAAAUUCAGUUUGAGCACAAACCUCGACAAAAUAAUUUAAUGGCGUCUAAAUCUAUUGAACAGAUAGUGAUGCUCCCGUUUAUGGCGCAUGGCCAUCUCAUACCUUUUCUUGCUCUUGCAAGACAAAUCCAUCAAGCAACUGGUUUCAAAAUAUCCAUUGCAAGCACCCCUCUUAACAUCCAGUACCUUUCUUCCACCUUCAACUCCUCAUCCGAUGAACCAGAAAAUGACCAUAUCCACUUCCUUGAGCUACCUUUUUGCAGUACUGAUAGUGGCUUGCCUCCAAACACUGAAAACUCCGAGAACUUGUCUCUGGAUUCGAUUGGCAAACUUUUCUCUGCAUCACUAAGUCUUAGGAAACCAUUUCACAGCCUUGUAUCUGAUAUUGCAGCUAAACAAGGUCACCCCCCACUUUGUAUAAUAUCAGAUGUUUUCCUUGGAUGGGCAACUGAAGUUGCGAGCAGUCUGGGGACUGUGAAUGUCACUUUCUCUACAGGUGGUGCUUAUGGAACCUUGGCUUACUCAUCUAUUUGGCUCAAUCUUCCUCAUCGAGUUAGAGGUGAUUCUGAUGAGUUUCAUUUGCCGGGAUUUCCUGAUAGCUGUCGCUUUCACAUCAAUCAGUUGCAUCAUUUCUUAAGAAAUGCUGAUGGCACUGACUCUUGGUCUAAGUUUUUUCAGUCACAGAUCUCACUUUCAAUGCAAUCUUUUGGGUGGUUGUGCAAUACAGCUGAGGAAUUUGAGCCUGCAGGAUUGGAAUGGUUGAGGAACUUUGUCAAACUUCCGGUCUGGGCUAUAGGGCCUCUUCUGCCACCAGUUGUGCUCAAGAAUGAUUGUUCUUCAUCAUCUGUAGCUGCAUCAGGUAUAAGCACAAGACGUGCUGGUAAAAAACUAGAGAUUUCUAUUGAGAAAUGCAUGGAAUGGCUUGAAUCGCACAGUCCAGCUUCGGUGCUCUAUAUUUCUUUUGGUUCUCAAAACAGCAUAAGUCCCUCCCAGAUGAUGGAGUUAGCUAUUGGCUUGGAAGAGAGUGCGAAACCUUUCAUCUGGGUCAUCAGGCCUCCUGUUGGUUUUGAACCAAAAAGUGAAUUUAGAGCAGAAUACUUACCAGAAGGAUUUGAAGAAAGAAUGGAGAAAAGAAAACAAGGUUUGUUGGUGAGGAACUGGGCGCCCCAAUUGGAGAUUUUGUCACACAAGUCCACAAGAGCAUUCCUAAGCCACUGUGGGUGGAAUUCAGUGUUGGAAAGCUUGAGCCAAGCUGUGCCAAUUAUAGGAUGGCCUUUGGCUGCUGAACAGGCCUAUAAUUCCAAAAUGCUGGUAGAGGAGAUGGGUGUGAGUGUGGAGCUGACAAGAGGACUGCAGAGUAGCAUAGAUUGGAAGGAGGUGAAGAAAGUGAUAGAGUUGGUGAUGGACAAGAAAGGGAAGGGAGGUGAUAUGAGGAGCAAGGCAAUGGUGAUUAAAGAACAGUUAAGGGCAUCAGUGAGAGAUGAAGGAGAAGACAAGGGAUCUUCUGUUAAAGCUCUGGAUGAUCUUAUCAAGACCCUUCAAUCAAAAUGGCAGACGAUUAACAGUAUCAGUUAAUCGUAUGAUUGAUCCUUUUUAACGAGGAUUAAUUAAGAUGAUUAACCUUCUUGGUUGUUGUUAUUGCUUGCCUCAGUUUUACUAUGUUUUUUAUUCCCUGUGUACCAAGUAUUGGAGCAUGCAUCGACAGGAUUUCAAUUUGUAAUCUUGUACUAAUUGCUCUAUGAGAGGGGAAGUCUAGAAUAUUCAUAAUAAUUGGAUUGUAAUAAAAAGAUUAAAAUGAUAUAAAUAAAUUUACGGUUAAUUACAA